AUGUCGUCAAGAAAUUAUCCUAGAUGUGCUGCUUGUAGCAAGUAUUUGCACAAAACAUCAGGCACGAAAAAAGUGAUUAUUAAUGAGGAGGAAGCUUCUAUAUUUUCUAAUUAUCUGCAAAAAACGAUUGUAGUUCAAGAUAUUUUGUGUUCUAAAUGUCGAUUAUUUCAAAAUAAGAAGAAAAAACUUGAUGAAGAUGUAGACAGCACAUUUUCUGUAGAAUAUGGUGAUCAUUCAGAAUCCAGUUCUAAUGACCCUACAUUUAGUAUGAAUCUGAAAACCGUAGAAAACAAAGCGAAUUAUGAAAAAAUUGAAGUUCAACUACCUAGGACAGUUUCAACUCACAAGUACUGCUGUCUUUGUAAUUCCCAAACAAAUCUAACAGUAGUCCCUAAGGAAGCUUGCUUACAAGCUUUCAUAAAAAAACAGAUCCAUAUACCAGAAGGAAAUAAAUGUUGCCAAAAGCAUCUAAUAAAAAAUCGAUUUUAUGAGGAUGAUGUUAAUCUUCUAAAGAAGUACUCUAACACAUCUUAUUUAAGCUCUUCUGAAUGGGUUGAAAUGAUGGGAAACCUCGCUAUCCGAUGUGAUUCAACUUUGUAUGAUAAAAUUGCAGAUUAUACUCUUCCUGAAAAUCAGCUUCUUGUCUUUACUGGCUUACAUUGGGAAAAUAUAAUACAAUUAAGAGACAUGUUAACUUCAAUGAGAAAUAGGCAAACUCGCACUGUUACUCAAGCACUUGUUGUGUUUCUCUUUAAACUGCGUACAGGUAAUUCAAAUAAACUUUUAGCUUCUAUUUUACAAAUAGAGUACGAACAAUUGGUUUCAGAAUACGUAUCUUCAAUAAUCACAGCUUUUGAAGAAGAUGUUCUGCCAUCUCGUUUUGGAUUAGCUUCUGUAACCAAAGAUGAUCUGAUAAAUAACCACACAACACAAAUGGCUAAAAUUUUAUUUGAAGUCAGUGAUAAGCUGUUUGUAAUCUGUGAUGGCACUUACGCACGUCACCAGAAAAGUGCAAACAACGAGUUUCAACGAAAAAGUUUUUCCGGACAGAAAAAAGUUCCACUUUGCAAACCCUUCACAAUUUGCACAACUGACGGAUUCAUUGUUGACAUGUUAGGACCAUAUCCAGCUAACUUAAAUGAUGCAGAAAUUUUGAAAAUGCUUCUUAAAGAUCCAGAAGGUUUGUGCAAAUUGUUAGAAGAAGGUGAUUAUGCUGUUCUGGAUCGAGGUUUCCGUGAUGUCAAAAAUGAUUUAGAGGAUAAAAAUAUCAAAGUUUUAAUGCCUGCUUUGAAAGGAAAGCGUAAACAGUUGACAACUAAAGAGUCUAAUGAGUCUCGUUUUGUAACAAAACUUCGUUGGGUAGUGGAAGCUGUCCAUGGAAUUUUGAAGCAAAAAUAUAAACUCUUGGACCAUAAACUUGAUAAUAAAAUUCUCCCCAAAGUUAGAGCACUUUUCCGCAUUACAUCAUUUCUUAAUAACCUUUUUGGAAAGAGAUUAGAAUCUGAUCAGGAGUUUUCAGAAGAGAUUUUGGAAAGAAUACGAUUCAGAGAAAAUGUCGAAAAUCCUUUAGCUGUCGAGGCAGAGAAAAAUGGCUGGUUCCGUAAGAAAGUUAUUUUCCAAAGUAUAUCGUCCAGUGAUAUUCAGGAUUUUCCAGAACUUACUGAAAAAGAUUUAAAGAUCUUUUUUACUGGAUCUUAUCAGUUAUCACAGGCAAUAUCGUACUUAGCCGAAAUGACUAACCAAGACGGGGAAAUAACAAUGCAAUACGUUAAAGAUCAGUCAAACGUAUUGAAAGUGCAAGUUCAAUCACGCCAUAUCUCCAGAAAAGUAUACAAAUGUUUUAUUAAAUAUAAGCCCAAUACUAAUGGGAUUGCAGGAAUUCUGGAAUAUGUAUGUGAUUGCGCAAACGGAAAUAGAACUGUUGGUUGUUGCUCACACAUUGCUGCCAUUGUGUACUACCUCUCUCACGCAAGGUACUUGUCCAAAAUUUUGAAGCCGGCACAUAUUCUCAGUGAGAUGUUUGACAAAACCAAGAUUAUUCCCGUCAUAGAGGAGGAUAGUGACGAAGAUUAG